GGCAGAGGGUGGGGGCUUCCUUGGGAAGCCCAGGGAUGAGUCACCAAGGGACAGGAGAGUGGAGGGUGGAGAGGAUAUGGAGGCCAGUCACGCUGGGGGCCUGUAGGGUGGCAGAGCAGCAACAACGGAAAACAGACAAUGCAACAGCAAGAGGAGCGCACUGAACCCCGGGAAGAGAGGCCAGAGGCCCCAGAAGUGUUAGAAAGCCUCUGAGGGCUACGGGCCAUGCAGGUCUGUGUACAUGCUCUGCGCUCCAUGGAGGCAGGAUGAGGUGAAGUGGGCCAAGUGUGAGGGACUCGGAUUAGACAACAGGAAGGACUUGGCUCUGAGAAGCACCAGGUUCAAGUUCCAGAUGAACUGGUCGGGUUUAGGAAGGUAAGUGCCCUAUUAGCUGCAUUAACUGGGAGUCGGACUAGGUGACCUCCAGGGUCCUGUCCUGAUCUCAGCUUCUUGGAGAUCCUGGAGCAGGGGAAAUUAGGAUGAACCCUGGGCCUCCUCCUGCCCCUCUCAGCACCCAGUCUGUCCCCUAGAGGCAGGAGAAAAAGAGGAACACUCACUGACCAUAUAGGUCCCUUAACAUCUGCUCCUCAAGAGAGCCCCUUGUCAUUGCACAGGUGUCAGCCUGAGCAGGAGCUCAGUGUCUGUCAUCUUGGGAGGAGACCAAGAGAAGGAUCAGGAUAUGUGACUGUGCUGGGGGGCUGCUGAGGGAGACCCACACCCAGGGCUCAGAGGGAGGCAAGGAGGCAUGGACAUGGGGUUAGAGGUGGCCAUGGCCCCAAUGCUAACUGACAGCGUCCUACGUGAGUACACUUUCAUUGAAUGAGUGAAUGAAGAGUGAGCUGGGAGAACCGUAUACAGUGAAAUGCGGGGCUCCAAUCAGGGUCACAAAGGCCUCUUGGGUGCGGGAAGUUAGGAGCUGGUCUAGGACUUGCCUCAUGGAGAAGAAUCGCCUUAGCACAGUCUCAGAGAUGGGGGAGGGGAAGGCUUGGGAGAGAAGGCAGGGGAGCGUGUAUGGCUGGAGGUGAGAAAUGGGGAAAUAAGGCAGAAGGUCGCUAAAGGAGUGGACUCAUGCAGGGGGCAGGGUGUCUGCUCUGGGGGCAGUGAGAGCUUGGAGGCUCAGGCCGGUGGAUAGGCUUAGAACCUUGAGCCUAUGAUCAGCUUUGGCAUCAGAGAUUUGAGCUUCCAGACCAUCUGCUUUAUCUAAAGACUUUCAGCUGAUGAGAAGCGGGGUGGCUCAUACACCAUCCUGUCUGGGUCGGCACAAGUGACUUGAAGUGCACGCUCUUCCUUGGCAGCUGCAAAAGCCUUUCCAGGACCAGGUCUCUUCAGGGCAGGAUGGCCCAGGAGCUCAGCGAGAAGGAACUAUUGAGGAUGGAGGUGGAGCAGCUGAAGAAGGAAGUGAGGAACCCAAGAACUCCGAUUUCCAAGACAGGAAAGGAAAUCAAGGAUUAUGUGGAGGCCCAAGCAGGAAACGACCCUCUUCUCAAAGGCAUCUCUGAGGACAAGAAUCCCUUCAAGGACAAAGGCACUUGUAUAAUAAGCUGAUGGCACAAGAGCCCCUCCCCCUGACUGUCUGUCCCUCCUCGGCCCCACUCCUCACCCAGAGCCAACUGUCCUGGUUAAAAACCAGUGAAUUUCCACCUUCUCUUAGUCACAGAAUAAAGAUA